GGCCAACUAGGGUUAGGGUUCACCGAGAUUGUUGUCUUUUUGCCUCCACGUCCUUCUCAACAGUCACCCUCAUGUACUGAGCGACCAAAGGUAAUUGUAUCUUCCACUAGACCUGUAUUUCCGCCGAGAAAAGCUGAUUUUCGACAACAGGUACGCGUGCAGGGCUAUCUCUACGUGAAGAAGCACCGGAGCCGACUUAGAGAGCGAUAUCAGUGCAUUUACUUAGGAGAAACGUCGUUGGCUAUCCUAGGGUCCUGUCGUAAAAUGGAAUCAGUACCCGCCCUUCACCGACGCAAAUCAAGCAACCCAGACGACGAUGAGAGCAUCCUCGUAGCUAAGCAGUCGACGACGCCAGUGACACCACCGAGAAUGAUACCGUCCAUCGUCGUUCCCCCACCGCCGCCUCGCAGUCGUGUCCAGUCGACACCAAAUUUCGAGCCAAAACUUUCCUCUGCCGGCCCGUUUCGAACAACGUUCCACGUUCCACGUACUCCACCAGGGGCGAACGGUGCAAUGCUCUCUCCUUCUCGCUCUACGUUUCCUUCUAGCCAUGCUCGAACACGUUCAAUAUCGACACCAUACUCCCCACCGCUCCCUUCGCCACUCUCCUUUUCCUUCCCUGGAAACUCACUAACCAUACCGACAUCGCAGUCGGCACCUACAGCAUUGACCUCCGCCAACGAAACAUCACCAAAACAGAGCCGUCGGCAUUCCCGAAUUCACUCCCGCAACCUCUCCGUUUUCUUCCCGCGGCCCGGGUCUCUUCCAGAAGCCACAAUAUCCGAGGAUGGCUCGCAGAAAAUCGAAGCAGCUGGUGACAUUGAAGCACCAGUAUCUUCGGUUCCCUCAGCCGACCCCAGCGUGAGCAUGCGUGCCCCCCUUACACCUCUUGGUGCCGGAUUCACGUUCGGUGGGCGUCCGCCUUCUUCAGCGGGCCUCCAGAUGCCACCGCUCAUGUCCAAGUCAUCCUCGUCGACAUCCUCUUCAAGACGUGGUCACCAUCACAAACACUCCCUCUCUCACAACUUUUUCUCUUUCCUGGAGCCUGGCUCCCAGGUCAGGCCUGAGGACCUACACACCGUGCCUACGCCUUCGCCUGUUUCUCAGUGGACACCGGUGUCACCUAUACCGACCUCUGCUUCUUCUACGAGUCACACUCAUGAUGACGAAGACCUAGAGCCAAGUGUGCCAAUGGGUGCCAUAUCAUUGACGUUCGCACAAUUUGUCUUGGGCGCGUGGUUGUGGGUAUGCGGACAGCAAAUAGGCUCUCUAGGGUGUACAGGUCUGGGAUAUUGGGUCGUGUUUGAUGCAUUUGGGCUUGGUUUGGGGAGUGUCCUUCCUGGCUGGCUAGGAAAUGGAAGUGGGAAAAAGGAGAGGAUACGACGGCCGUACGGGAAUGCGCGGAUAGAAACUGUGUUAAUGUUCGCCCAGUCCGUGUAUUUGAUGUUUUCUUCGGUCUAUGUCUGCAAAGAGACCGUCGAACACGUCUUGUUGAGUAUGGGAGGCGGAGACGGGCAUCACCACCACCAUGGGGAUGAGGAGACUGGAUUUGGGAUUGACUUUCCCGUUAUAUCAAUACUGCUUUCUAUCUGCUCGAUAGUAGCAUCUGCAUUCUUUUUCAAUAAUCAUGACAAGUUGGUCACCGUGACCGGAAACCGGAUCCCCUCGCUUGGCGCAUAUAUUCGUUCGUUGUCUGCUACUCACCACGUGCGCGAUCUUCCACCUACAUCUCCUUCUGCGAUCAUACUCUCCAAUCCAUACAUAUCGAGCUCUCUUUUAUUCGCAUCGUGUAUCCUUUUCGUUUCCUUCCUCAUCCCAUCAUCCCAACACCAAGCUUGCGACCUCGUAAUCGCAACUCUUAUAACCGUGGUGACUUUCAACGUCUCCUACAGCGCGUCCGUCAUACUAGGAGCUGUGCUCCUUCAGACAUCACCUCCCCGAGGCUCCGCAGGCGGGCGGAUGGAGGCAUUUUUACGUGCGAUGCGCGAGGUUGAACGACAUCCCCAAGUUCUUCACCUCCCCGCCCCACAUAUAUGGCAGCUCACACCGACGUCUAAAGGCGGAACGCUCGUGGUGACGAUGGAACUCCAUGUACGGCCGGACUUGGGCGACGAUGAGGUGUUGUCACUGACUAAAUGGACUUGGGAGCGAUGUACGAACGCGUUGGGUGGUGAGAGGGAGGUCACUGUGGGAGUUGUUAGAGGGUGAUGUGAUGAGGGGUGGGUAUCUUGGGUAUUGUUAUAAGUUAAUAAUCACUAUACUGCUCAAUGGAUUUGGAUGCUCAUUCUGGCCAGGAUGAGUUUUAGAGUGGUGGG